UUUAUUUUAAUGCAGAUGUCUGUGUGCACUUUAUUGAAACAAAUUUGCAGGGAUCAUGAGGCUCAUCGUGUUGCUGCUUGUUGCUGUAACAAUGACUACUUUGAGCCUUCGGCCCAUAUUAUUGAAGAUCAAGCAGAUACCUCCAGUUGGAAACAUCGCAUUGGGUAUCAACUUGUGAAGUUGGGAAAAAGGCUUAUGGGAAUGGGGUUUUACACCUCGGACGACAAUACAGAAACGACACAAAGCGCCCAGCUUACAGAACUAAAGUUAAAGGAGCUGUGCGAAGAGUUUCGAAUAAGUGCCUCCAAGACCCCAAAAGUUAAAGAAGAAAAUAAGGAAACUGACCCAGGCUAUGGUGAAAAAGACGAAUAUGGUCAUUGGAAAGCUCCUCGGCUUUGAGCACCUACACGCAUGAUGAGCAACCGAGAUCAGCCGCCAAGUGAAACCCGACAAUUACAAUAAACUCAAGUGUCGAUUCCUUAAUA